AUGUCUAGAACCGUUGAUUGGUCUAAGCUCUGCCCUGAUCUAUUACGAUCAAUCUUCGAAAGCUUGACCUCUUUGGAUUUUCAUCGAGCCAAAACCGUUUGCUCAAACUGGUAUACCGUUUCAAGAACAUCUCCUCUUUAUCCAUGGCGAAUCGUAUUACAAGGUCAGAACUCUCUCUUGUAUGAUCCCAUUCAAGACAAAGUCUACCACAAAAAUCUUCUUGGAAUCAACUUGUCCAAAGUCCAUUGUCUCGCUAGUUACAGCAACUGGCUUCUACUUGUAGAUCCUUGUCUACAUUUCCAUCUCUUGAACGUGUUUACUCGCGAAACAAUCAAUCUUCCUUCAUUAGAUUCAUCACUUCGUGACACUCGUUAUAAAUUCACACGAAAUGACCUAUUUGAAUGCUUCCUUGAGCUCUACGGAACCAAGUUUCUUGUGACUUGGGAUGAUUUUAGGUUUUCGAAGACGGCUGUCUUGUGGAUAAACGAGAGAAAUGGAGAUUUCGUCGUUUCAUGGGCUAUAAAACAAUUCUAUAUCUUGUCAUUCAAGAAAAUAGCGAAUAGUGGUGAUGAGAGAUGGAGUAUUACAUGCACACAGUGUGAAGACAUGGCUUAUAAAGACAACAAGCUUUACGUCUAUACCUAUGAUCACUACAUCAACGUUCUUGAUUUCUCUGGAGAUUGUCCUAAAGAAACUCUUGAAGGCAACCAUUAUCUUAAUCAUCCUUUUCCCUUCGUAGAUACGAUUUAUAAGAUGAGGAUUGCGAUCACAAAGUCAGGAGAGGUGUUGAUCGUUCUUAGCUUGAAGGAGUUGAACAGAAAGUUUUGCGUUUGUAAGCUGAAUCUUGAGGUUGGAGAAUGGGAAAGAGUAGAGUCUUUGGGAGAUGAGAUGUUGAUUUUUGGCCAUGGGGUUACAAUAAGAGGACCGGUUAAAGAUAGAGGAAUCAAGUGUGGUUCAAUCUGUUUCCUUGAUGAUGAUCAUUUGUCUGAUAACUAUCUUGGGCCGAGGAGAGAAACAAGUUGUGGUGUGUUUGAUCUUGCAACAAGUACAAUCACUUGGCAUACAAGAUUAGAUGAUCCGUCUUCGAAGAUUUACUGGUUUGUUCCAGGACAAACUUAA